AUGAAGCUCCAGCCAUGCGAUCGAAACGAAAGUUUUUGCUGGGAUGAUAUUGGGUGGCAUGAAAAACCCGGGUAUCCCCCAUUGGAGGGUUGCUGGAUACAUAUUCCAUGCAAGGAAUCGGACUUGCCCGAAAUCUUUUUCUGCGAAGAUCAUGACAAAACCCGAGACGAGCCUCCUCCUGUGAUAUGUUUUGGUUCUGGACGUGACAGCCACGUGCAGUUGGAUGCUCGUUUUCCUCAGCGAUUGUGUCGCAUGACGAAGAUUCAACGGCAGGGGUGGAGCCUGGAAGCAUUGACGCCAAGAUGGCAAGUCCAUUUGCAACGUGCACAUGGGCCAUGUGAGACCCUUGAUGUUGGCCAGCCUAAACAUCUGCGCGACGGUGAUGUCAUUGGUUUUUCCAUGCCGCUCGUCGCCUCAACAUCGUUCCGAUUUCAUAGCGAGAUGCUCGAGGCAAAGGAAGCUCUACCCAACCGGUAUCCAGCCCGUUUCCCCUGCCGGUCCUCUCUGCCCGAGGCCCCAGAAGCGCCGGAGGAAUUGCGCAGACUUGCUUGGCAGACAGAUCAGAUGCGGCGACGCUCAGAACAGGACCAAGUGCGUGUUGCAGAUUGGUCAAAUUUCUCUCAGUAUGUCAAGCAGCAUUAUUCAAAACACGGAAUCGACUGUAUUUCUUGGAAGCUUACACGCAACAAGCCUUGCGAUCCAAAGCCUGCGAGCUUCACUUCGCGACAGCUACCGCCAUGGAUUUGCGAGCUUUUGGUGAAUGAGAGGCCACUGCAAGGCCUCUGCCGGGAACUGCCAUUUGCAAGCUGCUUGAGGGCCUCAGGGCAUUCGCCUUUGCUUCCAGAAGCCGUUUCCAUGGAGACCUCGAGGGUGAGUGUGGCUGAUGAAAGCGUUGUUCCAGAAGCCAUGCCCAGUCAAGCAGACAUUGUUGCAAACGAAGUUAACCCAUUGUUGUUACAGCCAAUCUACGACUGGCUGGAAUCAGUCGACGACUCGGGAUUUCUACUGCAAUACUAUGACCAGAUUGUGGCUAAUUUCGAUUCCCUGAAGCAAAUACAUGAUGUAUACUUCCAUGACGGACAUUUGGAGGAACACUUCUUCUCAGCGGCUGGAGUCAGCAAGCUUGGGCACAAGCGGAUACUGCAAAAAUGGUUCAGGGAGCAUUUCACCUAG